AUGGGAAUCGGACUGAUCAGGUCAGGUCAGGCGCGCAUGUGUGGAGGUUAUAUUAUAUACCCAGGCCGCUUUUGGAAGAUGCAGGUUCUAGCGAGCAAUGGUGUUGGAUAUUUUAUUGAUAGUGAUAGUGAUAGUGAUAGUGAUAGUGAUAGUGAUAGUGAUAGUGAUAGUGAUAGUGAUAGUGAUAGUGAUAGUGAUAGUGAUAGUGAUAUUGAUAGUAUGGGAUUUUGA